UUAUCUUCGUCAUCUUUAAGCUCAUAAGUGUGGCUGACAACUGAUAAGCCACACGUUUACAACUGAAUUUAAUGCUGUUGGGACAAUCGCUCCUUACCUAUUUGAUCACAUAAGAUGUCUUCACUUCUCAAGGUGGACAAUGAAAUUAAAACAAAGGUUGACGCUUUCAGGGAACGUAUCACCGCAGAAGCUGAGGACCUAGUGGCAAAUUUUUUCCCAAAGAAGUUACUGGAACUUGAUCACUUCCUUAAGGACCCCAUCAUAAACAUCACUGAACUGAAGGAGAUACAUUCAGAAAUAAACUUGACGGUGCCGGACCCAAUCUUGCUACCAAACCUGCAUGACGGUCUAGAAGCGCAAAAUGCAAAAAAGAGAAAGCUAGAAGAUGGAGGAGGAGAGGACAUGGUGACUGGUACCAAGGUCUUCGUUAUGCCUGGUGGGAUGAUGAAGAGCAACGCUAACCUUGUUGAUCUUAUUGAAAAAGUCAAACCAGAGAUCAGGACACUCAUAGAGAAAUGUAACACAGUCAAAAUGUGGGUUCAGUUGCUCAUCCCCAGAAUAGAGGACGGCAACAACUUUGGAGUGUCAAUCCAGGAGGAGACAGUAGCUGAACUCAGAACAGUCGAAGGGGAGGCGGCAUCCUACCUCGAUCAGAUAUCAAGAUACUACAUCACAAGAGCAAAGCUGGUUUCUAAAAUAGCAAAAUAUCCACAUGUGGAGGAUUAUCGGCGCACAGUAACAGAGAUCGACGAGAAGGAAUACAUCAGUCUGAAGAUCAUAGUAUCGGAGCUCAGAAAUCAAUACGUAACGUUACAUGACAUGAUUCUGAAGAACAUUGAGAAGAUCAAGAGGCCUCGAAGCAGUAAUACUGACGCAUUGUACUGAUGUUCACCUAGCCGUCACAGCCUCCACCUCUCAUCCUCCGCCCCCCGUCUCCCCGCCAUGUCUGUCAAGCUGCAGUAGCCUGGUCCAGGUCCACAGGACGACUACUAGACGUUCACAUCCUUCAGUACAAUCAACUCAGCCCAGUACACACAUAGAUGUCAUAGAUGGACACUAUACACACAUUCAUGUUUUUUUUUUUUUUUUUUAUCUGUAAAAUAUCUUCUUAUUUUAAACCUUUUGAAGACAUCAUUAUUCUCUCAGAAAACAGAGAGAUAGUUCAUAGACAAUGGAAAUGCGCUAUGUAUUUUUUAAUUUUAAUUAAACAUUUUCUCCUCAGAUCUUUUGUGAUAUGGCUUCUUCUAUAGCUCUUGAGAAAUUCAGGAGCGUGCCCAUGUGUUUCAAGCCCAUUGCGUCAGUGAAUGCUUAAAAACAAACAAACUCAUUUUGUUUUUUUAUUUAAGAUAUUAGACUUCUGUCAUGAUGGUCAAUUACAGUCUAACAUAUCAAAGCUCUUCUUUUAAUGAUAGAGAUUAAGUAAUGAAGUUAUCUAUGAAUACCAAGGCUUAUUGUCUGCGUGAAUAUAAAGUGUCACCAAAGUAUCUCCUAUGUUACAAGGCAUUGACUAUUGAAUAAAAUGUUUUUUGAUAAGA